GAGUGUACAGCAGCGGAACGCGGGGAACCUUCCACCAUAUUGGCGAACGUUACGAUCAACGGUGCAGGAUGAAUUGUGUUGGUCAGUUCGCACUGGCACUCCUGUUACUAGCAGCCAGGUGUGGUGCAUCAGCCCCAUCAGCAGAUCAGACCAAUGCUACGUGUGCGAGCAGUAACGGAACAUGUCGCUCAAGUGCGUGCUGUCAUGGUGAGGGCCAUCGUAUAAUAGCAGGGACAAAGGGAUGUAAGCCCGACGAGAUUUGCUGUUCACUCAAACCGUGUAGGAAGAAAGCCGGAUCGUGCGUUCCGCUCGGUUGCUGUACGAAAGAAAAGGAUACGAUCGUGAUCUUGGACCGCAACAGUGAGUGUGGCUCGUUUGCGAUCUGUUGCCCGUACGAAGCAGCUGCAGCGGAACCAAAAUGCACCAAUAACAAAGUGACGCCAGCGUGUGGUUCGCGCAAGACCGGCAUCGUCGAGAGCACGGACAUUCGUGCGAACCGUUGGGAGUUUCCCUGGAGUGUGGCGAUAUUUAAUGUCACUUCGGUGUUCGAUAGGGAGUUUAUCAUAUUUCUCUGCGGUGGAUCACUGCUACCGGAUGGUACAAUCGUGACCACGGCGGAGUGUGUCGUGGAGCAGGAAGCCAGCCUCUUACGAGUGCACCUUGGCCGGUGGGAUCUGGUGGCGGACGAUGAACAGUGUACCCAGGUACUGACAGUCGCAAGGAUCGUGCUUCAUGAAGGCUACAACGGCGUGUCCAAGGGGAACAACAUUGCGCUCCUGUUGCCUGGUGACAUACCCCAGCGGACCUCCUCGGUGAAUCACAUUUGUCUGCCUCCGACGGAACCGAACGAAACCGAUCGCUGCUACAUCAUCGGCUGGGACUCGGAGUCGUCGCGGUCGGUCAACUAUAUGCUCAAGUUCAAAGUAAGGGCAACCGGUACAUUAAACGAUUGUCGGAAGUUGGUGCAAAAGAACCAUCCAUCGUCGCGCUACGUACUAUCGCCGGAGCAUGGCUGUGCGAGCGUCGUGGACACAAUGGACAAACAUUAUCCGUGUGCGCGGGUAACCGGUUCCGGAUUGGUUUGCCAUUCCGCCACAACCGGCCGAUACUACCUGCGUGGCAUUGCACUGUACGCGUUGCGCAACUGUACCCUCUCCACCAUCAACGAUCUGUUUGUGGAUGUCUACGCGUAUAGCGAAUGGAUCCGUAACAAGACGGGAAACCAAUAAAACGAAUUCGCGUGUUCGUUGCGUAUAAAA